GGAGAGAGGAAGACUCCUGUGAAAUGUGCAAGGAGAAGAGGCUCUUCUCAACUGCUGCAAGGCUCAGUCCGGGAGAGGCGCUUUAUGCAAGAGGAUCGUUUCCCCGCAAGGUGUCCCGCCAGUAACUGCCAGCAAACCAGCCCAGCUGCCUCCCGAUCCUCUCUCUACUAAACUCAGCUGAUAAAGGACUUGGCUUCUGGGGGGACCACAGUUUCCCAAAAUGGAAAAGUUCCUAGAUUUCAGCCCAAACCACUCUUUGCUGACAUUGCUCCUCCUUGCAUGCCUGAGCCACCUGACCUUGGCCCAAUAUGAACAUUGGCCGCACAACCCUGAGCAACACCCUCAGCAGCAGCCGCCUCCCCUGCCAGCUGACGUCCCUCAUAUCCAGCUGCGGUUGUCAGGGCAGAAGAGGAAGCACAACGAAGGGCGGGUGGAAGUCUUCUACAACGGAGAGUGGGGCACCGUGUGUGAUGACGACUUCACCAUCCACGCCGCACAUGUGGUCUGUCGGCAGCUGGGCUACGUGGAGUCCGUGUCCUGGAGCCCUGCUUCUAAAUAUGGCAAGGGAGAAGGCAGAAUCUGGUUAGACAAUGUCCACUGUAAUGGCGGAGAGGCUUCAUUGGCUGUAUGCACCUCUAAUGGCUGGGGCGUAUCAGACUGCAAACACACCGAGGAUGUGGGUGUGGUCUGCAGUGAAAAGCGAAUCCCUGGCUUCAAGUUUGAUGACUCCCUGCUCAACCAAAUAGAGAACAUGAACAUCCAGGUGGAAGAUGCCCAGAUCCGACCCAUCUCUGCCUUUCGCAAGCGCAUUCCCGUCACAGAGGGUUACGUGGAAGUGAAAGAAGGAGGCGUCUGGAAACGAAUCUGUGACAGGAACUGGACCACAAAAAACUCACGUGUUAUCUGUGGCAUGUUUGGAUUUCCAUCAGAGAAGAAAUACAAUGUCAGAGUCUACAAGAUGACGGCAGCCAGAAGAAAGCACACUUAUUGGGCUUAUUCCAUGGACUGCACGGGCAACGAGGCACACAUCUCCAGCUGCAAACUGGGCAAUCGCAUCAGUACAGCUAGUGGGAACGCAACAUGUGAGAAUGGGAUGCCUGCAGUGGUGAGCUGCUACCCUGGGCGUGCUUUUGCCCCUGGCAGCCACAGUGGUUUCCGAAAAGCUUUCCAACCCGAGUUUCCCCUGGUGAGGUUAAAGGGUGGAGCCAAGAUUGGUGAAGGUCGCAUUGAAGUGCUGAUGAAUGGGGAAUGGGGAACUGUUUGCGAUGACCAGUGGAACCUCAUUUCUGCAAGUGUAGUCUGCCGAGAGCUAGGCUUUGGAUCUGCCAAAGAGGCUAUUAUGGGUGCAAGGCUUGGGCAAGGUAUGGGCCCCAUUCAUGUCACUGAAGCAAAUUGCAAAGGAUUUGAAAAGUCUUUCACAGACUGCAAAUUCAGCACACAGUUAGGAAGUUGCACUCAUGAAGAAGAUGCUUCUGUUAGAUGCAAUGUUCCAGCUAUGGGAUUCCAAAACCAGAUACGUUUGAGUGGUGGCCGCACACCCUACGAAGGCCGGGUGGAAGUCCUCCAGGAGCACAAUGGCACACUCAAGUGGGGCACAGUCUGCAGUGACAAAUGGGCGAUAGAAGCCAUGGUGGUCUGUCGCCAGCUCGGCCUUGGCUAUGCUGCCCACGCCUUCCAGGAAACCUGGUACUGGUAUGGAGAAACGAGCGCCAGCAACGUCCUCAUGAGUGGGACAAAAUGUUCUGGGACAGAGAUGGCCCUGUCACACUGCCGCCACGAUACUCACGUAUUCUGCCCCAGAGGAGGUGGGCGCUAUGCAGCUGGCGUUUCCUGCACAGAAACUGCAGCUGACCUUGUCCUCAAUGCCAAGGAAGUGGAAUACACAUCAUACCUGGAAGACCGUCCCAUGUUCAUGCUGCAGUGUGCCCUGGAAGAGAACUGCCUGGCCUCCUCAGCUGUCAACACGUCCAUUUCCACUGGCUAUAGGAGGCUCCUGCGUUUCUCAUCCCAGAUCCACAACAACGGACAGGCUGAUUUCCGCCCCAAAAGUGGACGCCAUUCCUGGAUUUGGCACGACUGUCACAGGCAUUACCACAGCAUGGAAGUGUUCACACAUUAUGAUCUGCUGGACCUCAAUGGGACAAAGGUAGCGGAAGGUCACAAGGCCAGCUUCUGCUUGGAAGACAGUGAAUGCCUAGACGGUUUCCAGAAGCAAUAUGAAUGCGCCAAUUUCGGGGAGCAGGGGAUCUCGGUUGGAUGCUGGGAUGUGUACCGGCAUGACAUUGACUGCCAGUGGAUUGACAUUACAGAUCUUGCGCCAGGAGAAUACUUCUUCCGGAUCAUUGUCAACCCAAACAAAGAAGUGGCAGAGUCCGAUUAUUCCAAUAACGUCAUGAAGUGCAAGUGCAAGUACGAACUUCAGCGGGUGUGGAUGUACAACUGUCAUAUAGCUGAUGCCUUCAGUGAAGAAAUAGAAGAACAGUUUGAUUUCAAUGGACUCCUAAACAACCAAGUGUCUUAA